GGGAGGCAGGAUAUAAAUUGAAAUGUCUCGCAGUACUAUUCAAAGAGACAAGAGGAGAGAGACUUUGGUGCUCCGGCUUUUAUUUUCAGCUGAGAUCAGAAAAGUCUGCCGAGAGAACAACACAAGAUGAAAUACAUUAUAGGAAUUGGCGGGGUGACUAGUGGUGGUAAAACCACUCUGACUAAUCGACUGAUCCAGGCGUUGCCCAACUGCUGUGUUGUGCACCAGGAUGACUUUUUCAAGAAACCCGAUCAAAUACAAGUCGGGGAGGACGGCUUUAGACAGUGGGAUGUGAUCACAGCUCUGGACAUGGAGGCCAUGACCAACACGAUAAAAGCCUGGAUUGAGAACCCAGCAAAGUUUGCUCGCUCCCACGGUGUCGCCCUGGCUCCUGUUCCUGACGUGGCCAACUGUGACGAACAGAUCCACAUCCUGAUUGUCGAAGGCUUCCUGCUGUACAACUACGCGCCGCUACUGGAUGUUUUCAAUAAGUCGUAUUACAUCGCAAUCCCCUAUGAGGAGUGCAAAAGAAGGAGAAGUACAAGACAGUACACCAUCCCUGAUCCUCCUGGCCUGUUUGACGGCCAUGUGUGGCCCAUGUACCUGAAGCACAGAAAACAGAUGGAGGACAGCGGUUUGAAUAUUGAGUACCUCGAUGGUUUGAAAUCCAAAGAGGAAAUCUACAACCAGGUGUAUGAGGACAUUCAGAACAACCUGCUUAACUGUUUAUAGCAGGAGGACUCUUCUUCGCACCUGUACAGAUUUUGUAAAUAGCCAAUGAUUGUUUUUUUUUAAUAAUGUGUAAGUUUAUUGUUUUUGUACAUAUAAAGGAGCCAUGUUAAAUUAUGUUUUUAUCUACUUCUUAUGGACAAAAUGUUUGUGUUUCAUUCAAAACCUCACUAAUUGCUAUUGUUUUGUUAUACAGUUGACCAUUACUAGACCACUGGUCUCUACCAGUGUCUCCUGCCAAUAAAUACCCGAGUUGCUGUUAAAAUGCAGUCCGUCAAAA